GUAAGGUCGCUAGCAGCUAGCGCUGUGUGCGCAGUGAUAUGAACUACGUUCUUUGAUUACGAGAAAAAUUAAGUUUAUACUUUUCGAAAUAGAAUAAUACGCACUUAAAUUAUGUCACAAUGCAACCCUUAAAUGCAAGCCAUAGCCAGUUUUUAACCACCGGUUAGCUAAACCUAGCUAGCUGGCUAAGCUAACUAAACCUAGCUAGCUGGCUAAGCUAACUAAACCUAGCUAGCGGCAGUGUUUGAGUUUUGUAGCUUUAAUGAGGGGAAACUAACUGUAGACUAACUGUCUGAGGAGAAGAACAAACCCAAACAGUCAACAUGUCGCUCAGAAAAGAAGUAUUUCAGGCGAAAGUCCUGCAGAGACUCUACCCUGCUACGCCAAAGGUAGAAAAAGUCCCAGAGACUCCUGUCCAUCAUCCCCAAGCCACUAAAUGCUUGAAAGGUUUUCAACUGAAGCCAAGCAAAGUGUCUGGUCAUGCAGGAUUGUCUGCUGUAUCAGGCAGGAAGGUGUACACCGUCCUCCCUCCACCUAAAGACUACAUUCCUGCCAGUGGAGAUGGAUUGGGGUCGCUCUCUGAUGCACAAGCUGUCAAUAAUGCAGAUGAGAUGCCGGUUGAUCUUCCAGGAUCAGAAGACCGCAGCGACGCCGAAGACGACCGUGCAAGCGAGAGGAGGAAGCGAAGGAGGAAGAAAAAAUCAGGUACAAUCUCUGAUGGGAACCGACCUACCGCCCCUGCUGAUGCCGCUGACGACAAAGAAGAUGAUGCCAAGGAGAGAAAUGCAGGGAAAGCAGAGGGCUCGGAAGGUCUCAGCAAAAACAAGAGGAGGAAGAUGAAGAGGAAGAGGCACAAAGAGAAGCUGCUCGCGCUCGGCCUCCUGCCCCGAUCCAUGGCCCUCGAGUUCACUUACAAAAAGGAUGAGGAGGAUGAAGAAAAGAAGGUGGAAGAGGUCGUGGACUUUCUUCGGUCUACAAGAGAUCUCUAUUUCUCAGAUCGCUCCCGCAGUGCAGGCGAUCCCUCCGUCCUUCUCGGUGCAACGGAGUCACUCUUCGCUCGUCUGUCAGACAAUACGUUUCCCCCCUCCGUCCUGUCCGUCCUCGUGAGGCUCAGAGCGCUACUGCGUCAGAGGGAGGUGGAGAAGUUACACACCGUGCUGCAGGAGUUCACACGAACGUCCACGCUGCCUAAAGAUGAAACUGAAGCAACCUGCACUCUCUUCCACUACUGGAUAACUGAAGUUCUUCCCAUGCAAAAGGAAACGAACGCUCAACCGUGACGUGCAUGCGUACGCGCUGCGGUUCUGCGGUUCGCUUUCACAUCCUGAGCCGGCUCUCUCCUUGAGUAUUAAGAACUUUACUGCCAUCGCAGUUUAGGCAUCUGAUGGUUUCAUGAAAAGUUGUCCAAACCAGUGGCCUUAUUCCCAUAAGGGCAGUAGAUCUAAAAUUGAGGCUGGUGAAAUCUCCACAUUAUAUUUACUUUUCAAAGCGAUUUAUAACCGAAUCGAGACGUGACGCAACCGAGGGUUAAGACAUCGGUUCCAAAAGUGGCAGCUCGGAGGUGCUGGGAUUUAAAAUUCCAAAUGCCUUCACCAUUAAGCCCACUUCCUGAAGCAUAGCCAGAGGGUAGGUGAAGUUUUUAAAGACUUUAUUACACUGUUGGCAAUCACAACCCGUUAUCAUCGUUAUGAUAAAUCGUCUGUGAUUUAUAUGGGUUCAAUAAUACAAAAGCCACCAAGCUUUCAAACAGGACCUAAUGUCUGAAUUUCAGAAAAAGUGCCAUGACUACAAUAAAUGUCCUAAAUAUCGCUCUACACAUUGAAAGACCUAUAGUCCAGCGCUAGGGUGCUAGGUUAUACUGAAUGAGCUUUGGCUUGCCUAUAAAGUGGUACAGAUGUAGUCCAGAAUAUAUGAUUAUUAGGCAUCAUUCUGUUCAAUGGACUAGAUUCACAAGAACAUUUUGACAGAUUAUGAGGCUAGUUUGGAAGAUGUACUUUCCAAAACAGUUGCCUCUUGAAAGUUCUGUACCUUGAAUGUCUGUAUCUGUGUGUAAAACCACCUCUGUGAGGUUCAGCAUGAUUUUGAAGAAAGCCCUUGAUGAGCAAAACCAAGUGACUCCAUGUGUAACUGUUGCUUUACAAACGUACACGCAUCGAGCCUCCGUUUUAAUUUGUGUCAGUUAUGGAUUUAAUAAUAACCUUAAAACCUCUAAAACUUACCGUAAGCACAUUGUUUCAAAAUGAUCUUUAACAAUGUAUAAAAGUUUGAAGGAUUCUUGCCUUUAUCUUUUAUCUUCUCAAUCCGCGAGCUCUCCCGAUGUGCUACCUUAACUAGCGAGCUAAAGUUACCUCAGGAUGUUCCUUCCUCGCUAGCUAAAGUCGUCACCGGGGAAUAUCCCUUGAUAUUAUGUUAUUUUUUGCCAUUUAAAAUUGCCACAGGAGGUUAUUUCUUGCUAGGAGGUUAUUUCUUGCCACAGGAUUAAAGUGGGAACAAGCUUCUGUAUCAGAUUUAUAAAAAUUUUUAAUCAAAUAAGGAAUGCCUCUUUAUUUUAUUCGUGCACUCUUUUGUCAAAAUAGAAGAUUUGCAUUACAGUUACAAUUUUUCAGCCAUUGAUAAUUCAUCACAAUUAAUUACAGGCAUUUAAAAUUC